GCUCCACUAUCCCCAUCAACCAGGCCAGGCCCAACCGGAACCUGACCUUGACCAAGAAGGAGCCUGUCGGGGUCUGCGGUAUCAUCAUCCCCUGGAACUACCCCCUGAUGAUGCUGUCCUGGAAGACGGCUGCCUGCCUGGCCGCUGGGAACACGGUGGUCAUCAAGCCUGCCCAGGUGACCCCGCUCACAGCCUUGAAGUUUGCGGAGUUGACAUUGAAGGCCGGCAUUCCCAAGGGCGUGAUCAACAUCCUCCCCGGAUCUGGCUCGCUGGUCGGCCAGCGGCUCGCAGACCAUCCCGACGUGAGGAAAAUCGGAUUCACGGGCUCCACGGAGGUGGGAAAGCACAUCAUGAAGAGUUGUGCCCUAAGUAACGUGAAGAAGGUGUCCCUGGAGCUGGGCGGGAAGUCACCGCUCAUCAUCUUCGCCGACUGCGACCUCAGCAAGGCCGUGCAGAUGGGCAUGAGCUCCGUCUUCUUCAACAAGGGGGAGAACUGCAUCGCGGCCGGGAGGCUCUUUGUGGAGGACUCGAUCCACGACCAGUUCGUGAGGAGGGUGGUGGAGGAGGUGGGGAAGAUGAAGAUCGGCAACCCCCUGAACAGAGACACGGACCACGGGCCACAGAACCACCAGGCGCACCUCAACAAGCUGCGGGAGUACUGUCAGCGAGGCGUGAGGGAAGGGGCCACGCUGGUCUGUGGCGGGAACCAGGUCCCUCGGCCAGGCUUCUUCUUCGAGCCGACGGUGUUCACGGACGUGGAGGACCACAUGUUCAUAGCCAAGGAGGAAUCCUUCGGGCCCAUCAUGGUCAUCUCCCGGUUUGCCGACGGGGACAUGGAUGGCGUGCUGUCUCGGGCUAACGCCACGGAAUUUGGCCUGGCCUCUGGUGUCUUCACCCGGGACAUCAACAAGGCCCUGUAUGUCAGUGACAAGCUGGCGGCUGGGACCGUGUUCGUGAACACGUACAACAAGACCGACGUGGCCGCCCCCUUUGGAGGAUUCAAGCAGUCUGGAUUUGGCAAGGACCUGGGAGAGGCGGCCCUGAAUGAGUACCUGCGGGUCAAGACGGUGACUUUUGAAUACUGAACAGAAGUGGCCUUCAGAAGGAUGACCUGUCCUUGC